AUGACCAAUAUGGCAAAUGACUGGAGAUUCAAGGAGUCACCACACGUUGAGCAAAGCGGGCUACGUGCAUAUGCUGGAGUUCCAUUGCGAUUCGAGACGGAGUUCGGAGAGCACGUUGCCUUUGGAGCCCUCUGUGUCGCUUCAAACACGGAACAGCCUCCGCUUACCAAAGCGCAACAAAUGUCUCUAGCUCGACUGGCCGACUGGGUUAUCGCCGAUAUUGUGCACAGUGCAAGAGCGCGACGACAACGAGAACGCAGAAGAAUGAUGGAGUUGCUCGCCAUUGCGCAAAAGCAGAUCGACGUCGACGAAAACUUCGAGCUCGUAGUCCUAGAUCUGCUGAGGAAAAUUUACCCUGAGGCCAUUGUCAGCAUUCAUACAUCCAUUGAUAAUCAGCUUGUGCUUGACGGAGGUACCGAGGUUCCUGUGGAUCAAAUCGAACACGGCCUUUGGGAAGAUGGGGAAUACUUCGACUAUCUGAUCGAGCAGUUCAACCACUUGGAUCCUGUCGCCCCUCGAGUCGUGAGGGUCGUAGCAGCACAUUGCGCAAGCCAGCGCAUCCCAACAUAUCUUGUCGUGGGCUCGAAGGACUUCCGGACGGUGUUCGACGAUGUCGAUUCCUCCUUCGUCCACAUGGCCGCCCAGAUGCUGAGCCGAGGCUGGCAAAACCUUGCCCUCAGAGAAGCGUUGAGUGCGAAGGACAAUUUUCUUCGCGGAAUUACGCACCAACUUCGAACCCCCAUUCAUGGAAUUCUGGGCUCGGUGGAAUUACUGGCCGAAGAAUUGCAUGCGAGGGAGAUAAUAUCCAGCGCAGAUUCGAGACGGGACUCCACGACUCCAAGUCUUAGUGGUGAACAUAAAGAUCCUAACACAUAUAUCAAGACAAUACGGAGUUCUGCGCGGGACUUGAUAUCCACUGUUAACAGUCUGAUCAAUCUGAAUCGGUGGACAGAUAUCGCACAAGCGGAACGCAUCGUCGCACCACACCACAUCAACGAGAUAGAGACCGCCUUACUGAACGAAGUUCUUCAGUCCAACCUGAAUCAAUUCUCAAAGCAGCCAUCGAUCAUGUUUAAGCAUAAUUUCCCCGGAGACUUUGACACUCUAGCAUUGGAUAUGCGACUAUUCGUCGACUGCAUCCAGCCUCUUAUCACCAAUGCCAUUCAAGCGGUUGAAGGCGGCAUCGUUUGCGUCACUACGAGCGUUACCGACCAUUACGAGUUUCUUGUUGUCGACGUCGAAGACACAGGCCGUGGCCUAGAACCGAGCCACCACGAAAACAUCUUCAAGGCGUACGAAAAGGCUGAUCCGCAUACAACGGGAGCCGGACUGGGUCUGACUCUAGCGAGCAAGUUAGCCAGUACAAUGAACGGUGAGGUAACACUGGUAAGGUCCGAAAUCGGUAAGGGUUCGCACUUCAGAGCUACCUUUGCCCGCCCAGCCUGCGCUGGCUCAAUGUUAGCAUCGCAUCGGAGGAUGAGUACCACUGGGAUUCCAAUCCUUACUUUUGACACCCCAUCGUUGUCCGACUCUGCAACGCUGAGCAACUUUUUCGUUCGCUAUCUUCGCCAUCGUGGACACAGCCAGUCGACAAAUUCUGACAGCUUGAUUUCCAUCUUCGAUUACGCUACCCACUCCCAAUACCAACAACUUCCGCCACAAUUACAACCCGGAAAGGCAGGCAUCUGCUUGAUACCCGACUCAGUGUAUUGCCCGUUGAUGACCGACGGUAUCCAGAUCCGAAGGCUCGACAACCUAAUCUAUGUAAAAGGACCUUUCCUAUCGAACAUUCUUGAACAAGCUUGGAACCAGGCACACGGUAUAUGCGUCGAGCUAGAAGCUUUGAAGCGCGCACCCGACGUUGAAACCACCUUGGGAGAAAUAAUCGAAAAUAUCUCACUUACCACCACCUCAGACGACGGCCUAGGCAUUCCGACGUCGCUCGCAUCUGAAGAAACCGUGCCUGGGGAUACUGAGGCGCUUACUGUAUCGCUGCAGACAUUGGACAUCGCGACACCCGCUCUGCCUCCCGCUAGGCAAUCUACAAAGCCUACGACACUGAUCGUAGACGACAACGCCGUCAACCUCCGCUUCCUAGAAAUGUAUUGCCGUCGCCGCGGCAUACCCCACCACACUGCCACAGACGGUUUGAAAGCCGUGCAAACCUUCUCCCUCCACCAAAUGGCCUCCUUCGCACUGGACUUCGUUAGCGUCGAUGUCGAGCCGAUCAGGCUCAUCCUGAUGGAUCUGCAAAUGCCGGAGUGCGAUGGUAUUGAAGCUACCCGACAGAUAAGGAAGUUGGAAGAGGUCAAUGGAUGGUCGAAGGCAACUAUUGUGAUUGUUACGGGCCAAGACUCGCUGCAAGAUCGGUCGCUAAGUAAGGAAGCGGGAGCAGAUGAUUUCUUCGUGAAGCCGGUGGGACCGAAGGUGUUGGAUCGUGGUAUUGAGGAAUGGUUUCCUGGAAUCAGACUUUGA